AAUCCUGAAAGUUCUUACACUUCUCGUAACACCAGUGCCAUGUGAAAUUCCUCAGCAGCUGAAAUUCCAUCGAGCAUGCGCAUGUUAAGUAAAUAUAAUCAGUGUAAGAAAAGAGGAUGAGUUGAUAGAAGCCGGAAGUGUUUUAAGAAAUGAGUGGUAUUUGAGGAAAACAAGAAUACAGGAGUGUUAUAGCUGUUAUUAUUAUAAACUCAAAGCCAUUAUAAACAAGAGAUAUCAAUUUGUGACUCUUGUAGAUUUUAAUAUGCAUCGAGAUAAAUAUGAUUUGCAACCGCCGGAACCAAAGCCGACUAUGUCAGAGAGGUUUUCCUCUGCUUAUGGAAAUCUUCGAUCAGCUCUACUGGGUUCCAAUCUAAAAGGGAGAAAACAUGGUGGUGCUGUCGCAGAAGGCAACAUUUUUACAGAUGAAGCAACACUAACAGCCUUUAAAGAAAAGAAGGAAGAAGGUGAAUUGAAACCAAAAUCGGUGGACCUCGUCCGUGUCUCCAACAGGGAAGCUCAUCAUACAUCUGAUUAUACACUACCAAACCUAAUUGUACGACGAGGCCAAGAGUUUGAUAUCACCAUACAUUUUGAAAGAAAUUAUCUGAAAUCUGAAGAUGAAAUUAUGCUGAAAUUUGUUACUGGUGCUAGACCACAACAAAGUAAAGGUACAGUCAUUCCAGUAGUUGGUAACGAAACGAUUGAUCCUAAUGGCUGGGGUUAUAAGAUGGUACUAGAUAACGGAAAGUACGUCACACUGAGAAUACGAUCGAGUGCCAGUGCCAUAAUGGGAAGAUAUCAAUUGUUUAUUGAUACAGUUCAUAAAAGACAGAAGGAUGGACCAGAGAAAUAUCGAUAUAAACAUCCUGAUGAUAUUUAUAUACUAUUUAAUCCCUGGUGUAAAGAUGAUUUAGUAUUUAUUGAUGAUGAAGUUAAGAGACAAGAAUACGUAUUAAAUCCUACUGGAAGAAUCUGGUUAGGUUCAGCUGGUAAAUAUUGCGUACGACCAUGGAACUUUGCACAGUUUGAUGAAGUGUGUCUGGUAGCAGCUUUGGCAUUAUUAGACAAAUCUGAACUUGGUGAUGCUGCUAGAAGUAAUCCUAUACUUAUAACUAGAGCUAUAGGCAAAAGUAUUACAGCCAAUGAACGAGAUGCUGGUGUAAUGACUGGUAAUUGGUCGGGUAAAUAUGAUGACGGUGUAGCACCCUAUACAUGGAAUGGUAGUUCUGUCAUUCUAGAAGAAUAUCUUAAGAAAAGAAAGGGAGUUAAAUUUGGUCAAUGUUGGAAUUUUUCUGCUGUUGCAACAACAUUGCUACGGGCUUUAGGAAUACCAACAAGAUGUGUGACAUGUUUUAAAUCAGCCCAUGACAGUGAUUUUAGUAGUGCUUUAGAUUCACAUUGGUCUUCAGAAAAUAAACCCAAAACAAACAUGGACGAUGGUUUAUGGGAUUAUCAUGUAUGGAACGAAUCAUGGUUUAAACGUCCCGAUUUACCAAGUGGUCAUGACGGAUGGCAAGCUUUUGAUCCAACACCUCAAGAAUGUAACGAAGGUGUAUUUACCUGUGGUCCGGCAUCAGUUAAAGCUAUUAAAGAAGGAGAACUGUAUUUAGGAUACGAGGCUAAGUUUCUCUUUGCCGAGGUUAAUGCUGAUAGAAUUAACUGGGAAGUUGAUCGUGAGGGAAACAUGGUGGCGUUUCAGAUGGAUAAACAUAUUGGUGGUAGAUGUAUUAGUACUAAGGCAGCUGGUACAAUAUCUAGAGAAGAUAUAACUUCAGACUAUAAAUACAAGGAUGAUUCUUCCGAUGCCAAGAAAGUAUUAGAAAGGGCUUCCAGGACGACAUUUAGAUGUGAUCCUGCUAUUACACCUUUUAGUAAAGAUGAUAUGGAAUUCCGAUUCCAGGGCGAUACUCAAAAAUCUGGCGAUUUAAAUGUGACAUUAAAGUUUAAGAAUGACAGCAGUGCUGGUCGUGUUGUGGAUGUUUGUAUUGGUAUGGUAACGGCUUUCUAUACUGGUGUACCAUGUGCAGAUUUAAAAGAAACUGUUAAUACUAUUGUUACUGAACCUUCUGCUGAGGGUGAUUGUUCGUUGUUAUUAAAAUGUAGUGAAUUUAUCAAUACUCAAGAUGGUGAUGCUCAUGUAAAUGUUUAUGCUACGGCAAAGGUGCGGGAAACUGGACAACGUUUUGCAGCCAGAGAAUCCUUCUGGUUAGAGAAACCAACACUAGAUGUUAAGACGGAAGGUAAUGCUGAGAAAGGCAAACCGUUUGAUAUAGUUGUAAAGAUUGUAAACACUCUAGGUGUACCUUUAAUUAAUGGUGUUAUUAACGCGGAAGGUCCUGGUAUAUCAAGAAUUACAGGUGUCAAAACAAAAAAAAGUAUAGCCCCAGGUGAAGAAUUACGGGAGACAAUUAAGAUGACAGGAAAGUUUGUAGGAAGAGUAGAAAUCAUAGUUAACUUCCACUGUAAACAAAUAUCUGAUGUUUGUGGUGUUGGCCUAAUAGAAAUCGUCGAGCCUAAAUAGUUUACAUUAUUAUAAAUACAUUUAUUACACGAUCAUUCUCAAUCCAUUUGAAUACCUUAAAUUUAAGUGAAAAUAUGUAUAACUCGAGUCUUCUUACUGCAUCGUAAAGGCAUCUCGCUUAGAUAACUGACUUUGAUAUAAGGUUCCAUGAUAACAAUGUUUGGAAAUUGAGAGAAGCUAUUUAUUUCCCAGUGCUAUGCUUAUCCCUGACUGAUAGUUGCUAAUAUAGUCUAGACUGUAGGCCUACUAGAUUGGCUAUUAGUACACGAGGCAGAUGUUUGCUUCACAAUGAGUUCUUAUUGGAUAAUAUAUUGCUGGGUUAGCUAACUAUAAGGAAGUAUUUUAACUUAGAAGAUUACCGAGAUAUUCCUUAAUGUCAUUAGGCCAUACAGCUUUCAACUUUUCCUCAACUGACAAAAUUUUAUUCAUUUUUUCAAGGGCCUUGGUCAUUUAAUUAUUUUUGUUUUAAAUUUCGUUUAUAUGUAACAAUAAGUUCCAUUUGAAUAAAUUAGCUAUAGUGUGCCAGGUUACUGUAUGCUAAGUACAUGAUUGUACAAGGUGUUUUAUAAUCUAUGUUACAACUUCUUUUAAAGAUAUGUUCCCCCCAGCAUAAUUAGGUCAAUCGGUUUGACUCUUUAAAGUAUGUUAUUCGAAAUGACCAGGAACAAAAAUUAUAGACUUAAAUGCCCUAAUAAGCCUACAAUAAAUUAAACAAGUUCGUUAUUAUUAGCAAGUGCAUUAACGCCUGUUCUUGCCCAUCCAUCGUCUAGCAUCGUAAUACAUAUUGGUGGGUAUGUUCAGAUUUGUAGAUUGUCUAGAAAGAUAUCAUGGAUUUUGUAUCAAAUAUCUAGUCGUUUGGACCAGUUCUUCCACCAAUAGUAGUGUUGGGAUGGCGACUGUCGAGGACAUAAGUGUAGUUUUACCAUAAAUAAUCGAAAUUGCAAAACACUAGUGAAAUCACAAAAAAACCCAAAGUUUUUAAUUUAGAAUGAUAGGGACUUGCACUUUUGACCUUUCAACCUAACUAAGUACACCCAAUAUCAAAUAUAAAGUUGUGAUGCAAAACACGCCCUUCCCUGAUCAUGCACUUUGUUAUACAUGUAAAUACACUUAUAAUGCUACAUUUGUAACGGACAUUAAUAAACAAAAUCUAAACGCUUUCCUUUAGCGACGUCCUCAUAAUACACCCUGUACUAUAUAUGAUUUCCUAUAUACUUUACAUUAAAUUGUAGAAGAUUUUGCAUAAUUUUAUUGAAAUGAAUAAAUUAAUUUUUUUUUUCAUUUUUAUAAAGCCCGUUAUUUAAUAUUGGUUUAAUAUGUUAAUAAAGAUGUAAGAGAAACAUACCAUUACAGCAAUAAAUAAAAUCAGAUAAUGUUA